CUAGAUGAACAAGGAGAAUAAACAGUUGCUCGUGACAACGAUUUAAAUUUAGAAUUUAGAUCUACAACACAAAACAAAAGGAACAAAUAAUCCAUAACGAAGAAGAGGCUGAAGCUGCCACCGGUAGCAGCAGCUAAAUGUCUGCUUUAAAAAGAUUCAAUCCAGUUAUCAUUUUGGAUUAAGCCCAGCAAACCACCACCUCACUACACCAGGGACCCACAAACCACAUCAAGAAAAGGGUCUCUACUCAUCGAGGGAAAGGGCAAGAAAGUUUCUUUCUUUAAGGGAGAUAUGAAGGAGAUGUUUGGGGGUCCAGGGAAAGUGAGUGGCUUGGGAUUGAGAGUAGGACAGUUUGUAUUUGCAGCUGCUUCAAUCGUAGUCAUGGUCUCUGCUCGUGGCUUCUUUAACGCUACUGCUUUCUGCUAUUUGAUUGCAUCAAUGGGGCUUCAGCUCCUUUGGAGUUUUGGACUUGCGUGCCUUGAUCUGCACGCUUUGAGAUCUAAGAAAAACUUGCAGAAUCCUGUCUUAGUGAGCUUAUUUGUUGUUGGUGAUUGGGUGACAUCUAUUCUAUCACUUGCUGCUGCAUGUGCAGCAGCUGGAGUCACCGUGCUGUUUGCAAGAGACUUGCAUUACUGCAUAGCACCAUACAAUUUCCCAUGCAGCAGGUUCCAAAUCUCCAUUGCUUUGGCAUUUAUCUCGUGGUUUCUCCUUGCCAUAUCUUCUCAUGUUAUGUUUUGGCUGUUGGCCGCAGUAUGAAUUAAGCAAUAACAACCCCGCAGAGUCCUUUAUCUUUACUUGCCCUGUAAAUAUUGUUACCAGUGAAGGGAGCAUUUCCAUUUUUCUUGGAAAUGUCAAAGGUAUCCCAUUUCAGCAGCAUGCCUCUUUGUCCAGCUCAUAGGUUCAUUGCUAUCUUAUGUUGUAACAUCUUGGUUUUUGAAGUUAGAAGUUUGAGAAAGACAAAACUCUAAAGGGAAAUAUCAUGUCAUUUCACACCA